CCUGUAUGAGUCAAUGGUCAUCGAACUGCAGCUUCAGUUCCUUAAUACGUUCUCCCAGGAGCUGCAGCUCAGUGCACCUGGUGCAGAUGUGGCUUUCUGGGAGACGAGGUCUCUGCGAAUUUUCACAUCUUACACACUGACCCGCUGCGCUCAACAUUUCUAGCAUCUGCAGGAUCGCUUGAAUUAAAGAUUCCUGAACUGUUCAUGAAUCCAGGAAUGCAUUUUGCUCUAUAUGAACACAACUAUUUAUUUUUGUAACUCGGGUAAUUUUUAUGUCCCAUACCGUACUGACGUGGUGACAGGAUGGAGCUAAUACUCUUCCAAAGGAGGUGUAAGACACUCCUUCCCUCCACCAGCCUGCAGGUCACCUUUGGGCAAGGCGUAGCACCUGCUUAGCCCCCGAUCAGGGUCACAUGAAGCCAUGGGAGCAGGUGGUGGAUGGUCGUAUGAGCAGCUGGUGUAGAUCACAAGUCCUGGUUAUGUGACCUCUGGCACCAGGCACACAAUCUCUGAAGAGUAUUGAUAAUGGCUGGGGUCACCCACCUUGUAAGGACACUGCCCAGAAGAAGGCAAUGGGAAACCACUCCUGUAGAAAAAAAUUGGAAAGACCACGAUUGCCCAUGUCAUAUGAUAUGGCACGUAACGAAUGAACUGUAUUAAUGCCACAAAACAACAAAGUUCAUGACAUAUGCCAAUGAUAAUAAACCCAAUCCUGAUUCCGUUACAUGGUUCACUUCAUUUUUUAUCCCCAAGCUACCUGCUUGGUUCUACAUGAACACAACUAAGAACUUACUGGUUCAGCUACUAACUUUCAUUUUGUCAUCGAUACUUAACAUAGACAGUAGUCUUAGCAGCCAUAAAAGUUUCAGUAACAUACAGCAACUGUUUGAUCAUUGAGGCUUGAUGAAUGAAUGAUUGUCAAAUCAUUGGCAAAAUCUCCCAGCAGCCCCUGAAGAACUGACGCAGAGCACAGACUCAAACUAAAUCAGCAGAGGAAGAUGUCAUUAGCUGUUCUCUCAACCCAAGAUAUGUCUUUGAAACGGUAAACAUUUUAGUGUGUAAUUAGCUCUGAUACUAAAACAGAUCCAACAGGAAAUCGGCUGCAUUCACUCAAGGCCAGAAGGCCUGUGUGAUGUCACAGCAUAAUAUGGUCAUGUGACUCAGGAGCUUUGGAGCAAUUCGUGCACAGUUCUAAAGAGAAGCCAUCAUUAAUGAAGUUCCAACAGCUGAUGGAGGGUGCAAAUCACUUUUUAAUUUUAGCCUGUUCCCCUUUCCUUUCCAGUCCUGAUGAAGGUUCCAGGCUCAGAAAACCGACUAUUUAUUCCUUUCCAUAGAUCAGUCUGCCCUGCUGAGUUCCUCCAGCAUUUUGUGUGUGUUGUUCUGGAUUUCAAGCAUCUGCAGAAUCUUUUGAAAUCAUUUUAUGAAAUGAUUGCAUUAACUCCCACCCACCCGUGGAGAUCUCCAGUGAUGGGGAGACUCCAUUCAAACGAAUGUGCAAAAAUGUGUCCGCUGAAGAGGGCAUACCAUGGCCACUAAAUUUUCACUCAAAGUACUUGAAGCUUUCAAAUCAGCCACCCACCAUACCAACUGGGCACCUUGAGGUGGUUUUCUUUGGCCCCAAACAGGUGACUGGUGACUGCAAAGAGCCCGACCUGUUUCCAGCUCACAAAAUCUAACCACCACCCAAAGAACCUGCCCAAUGCUAGCAACAGGCUGGAGGGUUAGAGGCAGGCUUUGCGCCGCUGUGGUCAUUUCUCCUGGGGACUGGAUGAAGUUUUCCUUAUUGUGACGGCCUGUGGAUUGUGGCAAACUCCAUUGUGACGGCCCUGAGCGCGUUGCUGGUUUGUUUUUGUGACGAAUGGAACUCCUCACCAUAUCUCACGGCACAUCACUCAACUCAUUCCGUCCAGCGCUAGCUUCUGUGUAGAUCAAAAUUAAAAACCAAACCCUGGUCAGACUCUUGUUUGAACGCACGGCGAAUCCAACGCACACCUGCCCGAGGCUAUGUCUGCACACCAGAAAGCCACCCCAGUGGCAAAGGAGGGCGAGACCAAAGGGGACACACGCUCCACAGCGCCGGAGCUCGGCGAGUCCGAGCAAAAGGGUGCCGCCCAGGCCACUGAGAAACCUCAUGACAGAUCAUCAGCCGGCCUGGCUUGUGACCACACAGCAGCGGGCGACUCGGACCUCCGGACAAUGCUGGAAGAAAAUGCCCUCCAAGCCCUGGCCGAGGAGUCGGUUUUAAAAAGACCCAGACUUGUCUACUAUGAAGAGGUAGGUGACACUGACCUUAUGUCACUCACCUUCCCGAAAAAGCUCUGGAAGAUCGUUGAGAGCGAUCAGUUUGCCUCCAUCCGGUGGGACGAUGGUGGAAACUGUGUAGUUAUAGAUGAGGAGUCCUUUAAGAAAGAGGUGCUGGAGCGGCGCGGCCCCGCCAGGAUUUUUGAAACUGACUGCAUGAAAAGUUUCAUUCGGCAGCUGAAUCUGUAUGGUUUCAGCAAAAUCCGCCAGGAUUUCCAGCGAUCUGCCUCUCUUUCUGAAUUCAUUGCUGAAGAAAAAGGAGCGGUUUCAAUGACCAAGUUUCAGUUUUACCAUAACCUGAAUUUCAGAAGAGAUUACCCUCAUCUGCUGCCCAGAAUGAAGCGAAGAGUUGGGAUUAAAAGUGCAGUUCCUAAUCUUAACUGCAUGGAAAAUGAUUCCAGUAGUGACCCCCCUGCCAGUGGGGGAGCGACAGGUGGCACGAGGCAGAUCAUACAGACACUAGCCGUUAAGCAGAACAGCUUGGUCUCGCCGACGAGGGAACACGAGCCGAAAUUUGCAUUUGAGACUGAUGUCAGCAGUCAUCGGGUCGCCAGUACCGCGAACACGAGCGGCUCCGGCAACGCGGCUUCCUCUGCCUUGGCGGUGAGGCCGGCCGAGCACGUGGCGACAGAGCAGAGCGCCAAGGUAAACCACGUGGCUCAGUUCCACCCGUCGCAACACGGCAGCCUAAUCCGGGCUGGCAAUCACGCGGUGGAGACCAGCAGCACCACCUCCGCUACCUCCGUGUACCACCUCAUGCCUCCUAUGGCGGCGAGUUUCGGAGCUAUGAUGGGGAUGCCGGGCUUCCAAGGCGUGUACCCGGACCUCGCGGCGGCCGCGGCCCAAGCCCACCUGGCCAGCUUGCUGCCAUUUUGCAAUCCGUGGUUCUCCAUGCCCAUGAUGGCGGCCGCCUCUGCUAUCUCCAUGUCGUCGGGGUCUUCAGUCCACCACCACCGGCCUCCGCCACACCAUCACCACUGUCCAAACUGCAACUGCCAAGGAGGCAGUGCGUCAUCCACCAGAGGUGGCCCUAGAAACAGUGAAUACAUGACAGGACCACACAGAUAA